UGUGUGCACAUCACUCUCAUCAUGGCUCCUGAACAGAAGAGAUGUGCUACCCACCGUCCCGCCCCAGUGCAGUGCUUUCUGGGUAUCCCGUGUCGGCGCUGGCCGCACAAUCGAGUUCAUCCUCAGCCCUUCCAGGACGUCUGUGCCGGAGAGGCCGAAUCGAAGGGCGGCGUGGAGGCCAAGAAGCAGAUCGUUAUGGAGGGAUAUUUGUACAAGAGAGGCAGUAACGUCUUCAAAACAUGGAACAGGCGCUGGUUCCUGAUCCAAAACAACCAGCUCAUGUACCAGAAGAAGUUUGAGACCCCCACUGUGGUGAUGCAGGAUCUACGUCUGUGCAUGGCUGAACAUUAUAAGAGCAUCGGACGCCGUUUCUGCUUUAAGGUGGUUUCACCUACAAGGAAAUGUGUAUUACAGGCUGAGUCAGAGGAGAGAAGAGCAGCCUGGAUCAGAACCAUUCAGAACAUCGUUGUUAAACCUGCCGAUAACAGAAGAGACGUCGGGAUCAGAACCACUCAGAACAUCGUCGUUAAAACCGGUGAUAACAGAAAAGAGGCCCGGAUCAGAACCACACAGAACAUUGAAACUAAAACCGGUGAUAACAGAAGAGACGCCGGGAUCAGAACCACACAGAACAUUGAAACUAAAACCGGUGAUAACAGAAGAGACGCCGGGAUCAGAACAACUCAGAACAUCAUCACUAAAACUGGUGAUAACAGAGGAGACGCCGGGAUCAGAACCAUCCAGAACAUUGAAACUAAAACCGGUGAUAACAGAAGAGACGCCGGGAUCAGAACCACACAGAACAUCGUCACUAAAACCGGUGAUAACAGAAGAGACAACAUCGUCACUAAAACCGGUGAUAACAGAAGAGACGCCGGGAUCAGAACCACACAGAACAUCGUCACUAAAACUGGUGAUAACAGAAGAGACGCCGGGAUCAGAACCACACAGAACAUCGUCACUAAAACCGGUGAUAACAGAAGAGCGGCCCGGAUCAGAACCACACAGAACAUUGAAACUAAAACCGGUGAUAACAGAAGAGACGCCGGGAUCAGAACCACACAGAACAUCAAAACUAAAACCGGUGAUAACAGAAAAGAUGCCGGGAUCAGAAUGAUUCAGAACAUCGUCAUUAAACCUGACAAUGACAGAGGAGACGCCCAGAUCAGAACCACUCAGAACAUCAUGACUAAAACCGGUGAUAACAAAAGAGCGGCCCGGAUCAGAACUAAAAGGGAAAUAAAUGAGCCGUACAGGAAGCCGUCGUUCUCAUCACCAUCGUCCGGUGAAACUCUGAAGUCCAUUUCCAUCACAUCCCAGUUAAACAAGGUGGUGGAUCUAACAGCAAAGCAGGAAGGAUUCAGCAGCUCUGAAUCUCGAGGAUCUGAACACGCUGAGAGAGACUCACUACGUCUAAAAUCAGUCUCUGGAUCCUCAGCUGAGAUGAGUCCUGGUGAGAUUGUACUGGAACCUGCUGCCGAGUACGAUUCCUUCUCGGAUGCGUCUCUACUGCGCAGUGUCGAGAUCGUCGGAGUCGGACGGACGCCACAUAUCAGAGAAAGCCUGGAGGAGGAACUGAGCACGUUCUCCAGCUACUCCAUCCACACAGUAGCUGGUGAUAAGAGCAAAACUUCAGUCCAGAGGAGGAGCAGCUCUCCUUCUAAAGUUCUGAACAGAUUCACAGCUUUUAUAGAACGAAUCUUCUCUAGUGCUGGUGAGAUUGUACUCGAACCUGCUGCCGAGUACGAUUCCUUCUCCGAUGCGUCUCUACUGCACAGUGUCGAGAUUGUCAGGCGGACGCCACAUAUCGGAGAAAGCCUGGAGGAGGGACUGAGCACCAGCACGUUCUCCAGCUACUCCAUCCACACAGUAGCUGCUGAUAAGAGCAGAACUUCAGUCCAGAGGAGCAGCUCUCCUUCUAAAGAGGACUUUCAUAGACGGUACAGAAUGGGGGAGCUCCUGGGGAAAGGCGGCUGUGGUUCGGUCUACGCAGGACUCCGGAGGACUGAUGGACAAGAGGUCGCUAUAAAGUUCGUCCUGAAGACGACCUACGACGAAUUCAUCACCAUCCCUGGAGAGAAGAAGAGCCUCCCAAAAGAGGUGGCGUUAAUGCUGAUGGCGUCCAGGCCACCUCGCUGUGACCACGUCCUAGAGCUUCUGGAAUGGUUCGACACUCCCGAGUGUUACGUCCUGAUCCUGGAGCGACCCGCCCUCUGCGUGGACCUCUUCGAGUACCGCAGAGACCACGCCCUUCCUGAACCUCUGGCUCAGAUCAUCAUGCGGCAGGUGGUUCUCGCUGCACGUCACUGCCAGGAUCGCGGGGUUCUUCACCGAGACAUCAAGGAGGAGAACCUGCUGGUGUCUUUGGACAGAUUAGAAGUGAAGCUCAUCGAUUUUGGGUGUGGGGACCUGCUCAAGUCGAGCCCCUACAGGAGAUUUUCAGGCACCAUGUUAUACGCUCCACCUGAAUGGAUCAAGCGAGGUAGGUAUCAUGGCUGCCCUGCAACAGUCUGGAGUCUGGGGAUCUUACUGUUCGGUUUAGUGUGUGGAGAGCUGCCCUUCUGGAACGAGAGGGAGAUCAUUGCUGGACGCCUGAAGUUCAAACCUGGUGUGUCUGAGGCCUGCCGUCAUCUCAUCAGGACCUGCCUGAGUAAAAGUCCAAAGAAGCGGCCCAGCCUCGAGAAGAUCCUGGAGCACCACUGGUUUCCAGAGAGCCUCAAGAACUAAGUCCAGGCAGCUGUAGAGAUUUAGCAGACAGAUCAUAGCACCACAGCACAGGUCUGCUACAAGAACCAGAUCCAGAGAAUUCCAGCUGAGGUUCAGAUCACCUCAAUUCCUCAGUACCAUCAGUGCACCACCACAGUACCAUCAUUGUAAUCAGUGCACCAUCAGUGUACCAUCAGUGCACCAUCACAGUACCAUCAGUGUACCAUCACAGUACCAUCAGUGUACCAUCAGUGCACCAUCAGUGUACCACCAUGCCAGAUCAGAAAGAAACGAGUCUAACCUACUGGCAGAAGCAACCGGAUUUGGGCACCUUGAUACCAGGCAGGAAACGGAACACAGCCCUAAACCGUCACUGAGCCGCCACAACGAUCUACAGUCAACAACCUCGUCUGUCCUGUCCAGUCCUGAAGACACUUCCACCUUCUCCGUCUGGUUUAUGAGACGAGAGCUGAAACUAAACCAAUAAAAUGUCUUUAAAACUGUGAAGCGCGGUGAAGGAAUCAUUAUGUUUUAAGUCACUAUUUUUCUCCAGGACCUAAAAACUGAGAUCAGAAUGAAUCUAAAUUCUUCUACUUUAAAUCAAGACGUUUUAUAAGAUGAUGUGACUGCAGCGCUGCAUCACCUGAACCUUAAUACAACCAGGAGAUUCGUUUCCCCGGCUGGACUGUAAUGAUCAUUUAAUGUGUUUAAUAAAACUGGGCUUUUA